CAAACUCCUUUUAGGAAAGGGCACACAAACCCCGUCGGUGCCCAGAGCAGUGGUUGUUUCCCUCUCUUUUGGGGUCUGGCUCAUAAAGGAGGCASCUUGGGGAAAGACCCCCUUGGUUAUGCCAAAAUGCCCUGGCAAGGCUCCCACUGUUGCUGUUCUGCCUGGAAAUGUCUUAUUUUUUACACUUUUCCAGUGAUACUAUGCUGAAUUUUCUUCCUCCUUCCUUCCUCCUCUCUUGGUGUCCACCUGCUGUUGCCCAAGCGCAGCAGGAUCUGCCAGGCCGGACGAACAUCUCGGCACCCACCUCCCCAUCGCUGAUGCGAGAUGCUCUCCACACCAAGAUGGAGCAGCUGGAGGAGCAGCUGCUGUCCAAGAUCCUGACGCUGCAGAAGGAGCGCCAGGCGGCCAACAGCGACCGCAGCCAGCAGCAGCACGACAUCGAGAAGGAGCUGAACUCCCUCCAGAACCGGGUUGCCGAGCUGGAGCAUGGGCCACCAGCCUUCAGCCCUCCCGACGCCUUCAAGGUGACCAUCCCCGUGCAGAACAACUACAUGUAUGCCCGCAUGAAGAAGACCCUGCCGGAGCUGUACGCCUUCACCAUCUGCAUGUGGCUGAAGUCCAAGGCCACAGGUGGCCUCGGCACCCCCUUCUCCUACUCCGUCCCAGGGCAGGCCAAYGAGAUUGUGCUGCUGGAGUGGGGCACCAACCCCCUGGAGCUGCUCAUCAAUGACAAGGUUGCCCAGCUGCCCCUGAGCCUGAAGGACAAAGCCUGGCACCACAUCUGCGUGGCGUGGACCACCCGGGACGGCAAGUGGGCAGCCUACCAGGACGGYGUGCAGCGCGGUGCCAGCGAGAACCUGGCCUCCUGGCACGCCAUCAAGCCCCAGGGGGUGAUCAUCCUCGGCCAGGAGCAGGACACCCUGGGCGGCCGGUUUGACGCCACGCAGGCCUUCGUGGGGGAGAUCGCGCACUUUGGCAUCUGGGACCACAUGCUGGCGCCGGCGGACGUGCAGGCCAUGGCCAACUGCACCGUGCGCCUGCAAGGCAACGUGAUCCAGUGGGAGGAGCAGGCCGUGGAGGUGUUCGGCGGCGCCGGCAAGGCGAGCUUCACGGCGUGCGAGGAGAGGAGGAAGGCGUGAGCGGCACCCGCCGCGAGCAGCACGGCAGCCGCCC